UGCAUGAAGGUAUAUUUAUAUAUAUUUAUAUUUUUUUUAAUUAUGGUUGUAGUUAAAAUAUCUUGUUAAAGGUAUGAAAUAGCAAAAUCUUGAGAAUUUACAAAAUUGUCGAUGUCUAAUGUCACCAAAUUCUAAGCUGCCAUGAACUCUGUAAACGCAAGUUUUUCACAGAAUAUCUCCAUUGUUCAUCCUGAAUACUUUUUCAUCAUUGGACUUACAGGUAUGCCUUAUAGUGGUUAUUACUAUAUAUUCUUAUUUGUAAUAUAUUUUAUAACUGUAAUUGGCAACUCUAUAGUCCUUCUGAUUUUAGCUCUUCAUCGGAGCCUGCACAGUCCAAAGUACAUUAGUGUGUUUAACUUGGCCUUGGCUGAUAUUGGUGAAACUAAUGCACUGAUUCCUAACAUGAUGAAGACUUUUCUACUCGACACACAGAACAUCUCCUUCAAUGCUUGUUUGGCAAACAUGUUUUUUGUUCACUUCUUUAGUACUAUGCAGAGUCAUACUCUUGUAGUCCUGGCAUAUGAUCGCUUCAUUGCAAUUUGCUUGCCAUUAAGAUAUCAUGCAAUUGUUAGCAAUACCAGUAUGGUUUUGGUUUUCUCAGCAAUUUGGGCAUUUAAUUCUUCUGUGGUGGCCUUGAUGGCGUCUUCGAUCACCCGGCUUUCUUUCUGUCAAUCUAAUGUGAUUCAGAGUUACUUUUGUGAUCAUGGACCAAUGUAUAGGUUGGCAUGUAAUGACUAUAGCAUUAAUAGAAUUAUGGCAUUUCUCAUCACAGUUUUAUACCUUGUAGUACCAUUAAUUAUUAUAGUCCUGUCAUAUCUGGGCAUUUUUCUUGCUUUAAGCAAAAUUACAACUUGGCAAGGACGUUUAAAAGCUCUGAAGACCUGUGUCUCUCAUUUGUUGUUAGUAGGGGUUUAUUUCCUCCCCAUGUGCUCCUCAUACAUUGCAGCAUGGUUGGUUUCUCUUACACCCAAUGCAAGGAUCAUCAGUACGUCUCUGGCAUAUGUUGUUCCACCGAUGUUAAAUCCCAUAAUUUAUGUAUUAAAUACAUCUGAAAUCAAAGACAUAAUCUUGAAAGUGGUUAAAAACAGAUCGGAACCAAUUAGAGAGAACAUUUCAAAAUGACCGAAAUGCCUGUUUAUUUAUUUAAAAUGUCUGUUUGUUUUUGAUUGUUUUUAAAAAUGGAAAAAAGAAAAAUCUUUAAGAAUAACUGCAUGCUGAAACCUCACAGAACAAUAUAUUUCCAGAAAUGCAUACUUUGAAAAA